GUCGUGUGUGUAUCUACCGUGUUGUGUAUGCGGGCGUGUGUGUGUGCGCGCGCGAGAGUCGUGUUUUUGUUGCGGAGUUGUCGUCGAGAAGGAGCACCGAGCAGCAGCGUUGUCGUCGUCGUCACUCGUCUGCAGUCGCGGUGUGGUGUGUGGCUGAACGAAAUUUGGGGAAAAGAAUAACAUUCACAUGCGCGUCACCCGCAGUAGUCCGUAGUCCUCGCCGCACAGUACGAAUAUCGUCUAUUAGUAAAUAAUUAUCGUCUAUUAUCAUUAAUUUGUACGACACACACACAUCACAUAGGUGCGACGUGAUAAACAAAUCGUGAUACGUUUAUUCGAAAAAAACGCUCGUGGUAUAGAUCUUUAAAAUAAUAUUAGGCUGUAGUACGUAUUCAAAUGUAAUAUUUAAAGGCAGGUAGAGGCGGUAUUAUAAUAUUUCGAUUACAUCGGACGCGGGCCGCGGCGGUUAGGAUAAGGAUAAUUGGGAGUAAAUAAACACAAUACACUCGUGUACGGGGGACACGAAACACAAUGCUCGUUUACCACUACCAUACCAAUUGCAACAGCGGUACCAGCACGUCUAACAGCAGCAGAAGCAGCACGGCGGUGGUCGCAUCGGACGCCUCCCGGAGCGCCGCCGACGACGCUGCCGCACGUUUGUCCGAAUUGCACUAACCCCAGAGUCAAAUUACCAUGCUGGAUGACUAGGUAUUAAUCCCACCGCAAUACCAUGUCUUCUAAUGGGUCAGAUGCAAAGAAACGCAAACUGCUGAACAAUGAAGAAGCUAUUCUCGAGUCAAGUACUAAAAAAAUCAAGGUACAAGCUCAGCGUAAAUUUGCCCAAAAUGCUGUGAUACCCACCAGCACUGCACAGAAACCUAUUCAGACUUCAGUGGUGCCUAAUAAUGUGACUAAACCUCCAAUUAAACGGCCAAAUACUGAAGACUUUCUUACCUUCCUUUGUUUUAGAGGUACAAGUUUACUACCACCACGACUAGAUUUCUUCAAUAAACCUCAACGCUCUCUAUCGGCACAAGAGAUUGCUGCUGGAAAGAAAAGAAGAAAAAGUACUCCUAUACUGCCAGUAACUAAUGCAAAUAAUCCAUAUAAUGUAAAUAGUGUAAAUAAUGAAUCAAUUGAACGAAAAAAGAUUAGUCAGUUACCACAGACCAAGUUUCCAUUAUCUAAACUAGGACAUAAAGUUAUGGGUCGGAAGUUGGUAAGGUCCAGUUCAAGGUAUACUGUUCGUCAAGAAGCUAUCACAUUACGUCAAUUAGCCCUUCGUCAUGUUCCAAAAAUAAAAAAACCAAUGUCAAAAGUUAUUAAACCUUUAGUAAAAGAAAAUAUUAAAACUAAAACUGAGAAAAAUGGAAAACAAGUAUCAUUAGACGGUAAGCAAAUACAAAAGUUGAAAGGCCGUAUAACCCGAUCAAAUUCUUUACCGAGUAUAUUUUGUCCUGCGAUAAAUCAACUUCGAGAUGACAAGGGAAAAUGGUGUAAAGGGAGUUGUAGCAAUAAACCUUCUUCAAAAACAUCAUCUGAUGAUUCGAAAUAUGUUGAAGAAGAAAGACCAUCGAGAAAAAAGACUGCAUCAAACAAUUUAGAUCAUAGAAGUAAUAGUCUGGGUAACAUGAAACGAAAGACUAGUAUUGUUAAAUGUAAAGUGGCAAGUAAAAAUAACAGAAAAACUAGAAGUUUAGCUAGUAAACAUAAGAACAGUGACCAGGAUAAUUAUGUUGUUCCUGAUAAGAAGUGUGAUAAGAAUUUGAAGACUGUAUCUAAGAGUAACAGAGCUAACAGUUUAACUGAAACAAAAUUAACUGUGGACGUGAAAAGAAGGACAUCUUCAGUGGAUAACAUGAAAUCAUCUCAUGAAAGUAAAGAUAUAAUUAGUUCAACCCGUUCAAGGCCCCCUAGAAGAACUAAAGAAGCUGCAACUUUAUUUAUGGAAAUGUUACGAAAAGAUAUGCGGUGCCCUGAUGAGCAAGAAGAUGAUGCAUCAUCAGUUGAGAGUUUUCCUGAGCUUCCCAAUACACGAAUAAACGAACAACGAGAACGUGAAUUGAAGGUGUUUUCCAAGCAAAACAAAAUUGAAAAACAACUAGUAAAACAACAGAUAUGUGAAAAAAAGGAUGAUAAACCACUAUUACAAGGAACUGAUACUAAAAAGACUAAAUUAACUGACAAAAAUAAGGUUAAUAAGUUAAAAAAAAAGGUUGAUGUGAAAACUCAGGAAAAGAAGAAGAUGAAAGAUAUUAUAGAGACGAUUAAUUUUAAUGAAAACAGCGGAACAACAUCGUUUAAAAGAAAUCUGAGGCCUCGACGUUCCUCUACCAUGUUAGAUGAUUAUAUCAUGACUGAUUCGGAUGAGGACGACAUGAAAUGUGAACCUGUUAUAGAGGUGACAAAAUGUGAAGCUUCUAAACCGUCGACCAAAACGAUAACUGUGGCAGGGGAAUCAAAAUCUCAAAAAUAUAAGUUAAGUACUGACGAAUCUGUUAAAAAAAAUCUUAAAAUCAAUAAGACUGACUUGAAACCGAAUAAAGAUUUGAAUAAUGAUUCUGAAGUGAAAAAAAAUCUUUCUGAAACUAAGUCAAAAAGUAUUUUAUUAAAACGUGACAAAGAGCUAGAAAUCAAGAAUAUUAAAAAUACUGCUGUCGAUAAAAAAAAUGAAAGAUCGUCAAAAAAUAAGACUGAAAUCUUAGUAAUUACUAAAGAACCAAAAACUACCGGCAUUGGUUCUAAAAACGCCGGAAAAAAAGUGCCACCCCCUAAGCAGCAGUCGACAAAAAAAGAAAACUCUUCAGACAAGAAAAAAUCCAAUUUAGAUUUGUAUAAUAAUAACAACAAUAAAAAAAAACGGUCUACAUCAUCGUCGUCAGUGACGUCCUCGUCGUCUUCCAUGUUUAGUGGUAUUACUAGUCAAACAAAAGAAGAGCUUUUAGAACGCAUGGCCGCAAAUUUCGAUGCCAAACCUACCGCUUGUGAGGGUGCUGAGAAAUCUGCCGAUAAAGUGACGUCGACACCAACGGCGGAAAGCAACAAUGGUUCAGCUGUGACAAAAAAUGCACUAGGCAACGCAAAAGAAAAACAUGUUGAAAUGAGCGUGAUUGAAAAAAAUUUACUGAGCUGUAGUAUUGUGGUGGAAAAAAAGGCAGCUAAUGAAGUUAAUUCAGUAAAUAACGAAUUGUUGAAAAACAAUCAAGAGUUGGAAAAAUUUUCCAAAACGGAGAACGUAGUUGCAGUGCCAAAAGAAGAAAACGUCAACGUGACCACUGAAAAAGUAGAAAACGUGGUUAUGGUUGUUGACAAGGUAGAGAAAACCGAGUCUAUGAUAGUGCCAUUAAACAAAGUAGAAAAAGUGGAAAACAUGGUGUUCCAAACCAUAGCGAAAGAUCUUUUCUUAGGGCAGCAGAAAGAGAUCAAGAUCACCAUACCUGAAUACUUCGCCGGUAAAAACUUCCAGUUGGACAACAGGUUUAAACAAGAUGAUGGCCUUUCCGUGUUAUCCGAAAUUUGUAGCGCCCUGCCUAGGUUUAAUGAACCGUAUGUGUCCAGUAGACAGCUUUUAAACAAGAUGCCGGCGCCUGGGGAUAGCAGCUUUGUAAAGUACGUUCCGCCAGAUAUCAGCGGAGACGAGAAGCCUACGGUGCAGACGCUGACGCCACCGGCGUUUGAAAGUCGCACCGUAAAAAUUGUAAACUUGGCGCGUGGUAGCAGCUCGUCCGGGGCAAACGAUAAAAAUGAUUUGGCCGCGUCUUGGAAACGGGCGUUCAAAAAUGUCAAAUUACCGAAAAAUGGAAUCGUCUCAUCCGCUGUUUCGGUCGGUAACAAUUUGAUUGCUUGGACUAAAAAGAAACAAAAUGACAAUCAAAUACCGCUACCAAAGACAUGCACUGAUGGUAUUGAUGGCAGCGGAAAUAAUGGUGGUACAAAAGAAAUAACGGCCAAUUCAUUGAAAAACACUCUUCAGCCAUCACCAGUGAAUGGUAUCGCUGAAAAGAAAUCUGAACCUUCAUAUAAAUACCAAACGAUUUGCUGUGGCGAAUCGAAAACUAUAGAAAUGUUGGAUUGCAAAAAGAAUGUGCUGGCAUCAGCGCCUAACAACGCCUCGUAUUUAGCUAAAACGACUAUAUUGAGCAGUACGAAGUAUGAUUUGAAAUUUGAAAAACGAUCCUCGUCGGCUGUAACAGCGACUAUGGCAGUGCCCAUCAGCCUAGAAAAACAACCACAAAUACGCAAAGACUUCGUGGGAGACGUGUCGUCUUCGGACGAUCAGAGUCCGGAGAAGAAGAUAUUCCACCAGCGGCGGCUGUCUACCACCCAGUCAUGUAGCGGAAACAGUUCCGAUGCCUUCUCACCUGAUAACGAGACGAGUGUUUACGCUUUCCAACCUGACUUGCCGAUAGCCAGCACCCCUUUCCGUCGGAAUAAACCCCAAUCGCCCGCAAAGUCCAGGACAGUUUCGCCCAACACGUCAAUCGCUGUGAGUAUUGAAAACGAUUCUAUGGAAGAAAAAUCUCAUCAGUCCACCGUGUCAUCAACAACAACGGACGUUGAUAGCGAAGAUGGACGUCUUUUUUACAUCCCAUUACCGGCCGGUGUUCGAGCACAGCCGAUGAUUCAGGGCGUCACAGUCAAGCUUGGCACGGAAGGACCUCAAAAAAAAUUAGUGAUGAGCGCUAAGCUAGUAACCAAACCCCCGGCAUCUACGAUACCAGUCAGUUCCAUAUCGCCAAAACCCGAGCGGAAAAUCAAACCUCUGUGCACGACGAAAAUUACCAACAGCACAACUCCCGUCGGUACUGUGCAACCAACUACUAGAACCAUUCAGCCCCCAAAGUGUACCCCCUCAACUUCGAAACAAGUGUUACCGUUACCGCCGCAGCCACAAAUCCCGGAAACGAAAGAUGAUAAGAAACGAAUACAACAAAUCACUACUACAACUAAUUCUACUACUACUGCCAUUACUUCUGCUAAGGAAUCUAAAAAAUUGUCAUCCGUCACUAAUAACAAGAAACAUAAAAAGACUGAAAAACAAGUUAAUAAUAAGAGAAAGUCCAGCGAGAAAGUUGUUUCAAAAAAAAAAUUAGCUAAAGAACAUGCUCACAUGUUGGAUGCGCCGACAUUUUAUCCAUCUGAAGAAGACUUCAAGGAUCCAUUAGAAUAUUUUGAAAUUGUUAAACCCAUUGCUCAAAAGUAUGGUAUAUGCAGAGUCGUGCCGCCGCCCAGUUUCAAGCCGGAAUGCAAAGUCAGCGACGACAUGCGUUUCACAGCGUACAACCAGUACGUGCACAAAAUGAUGAACCGUUGGGGCCCAAACGUCCGCGAAAUGAUGGCCAUGAAAAAGUACCUGGAAACACAGUCAAUAGUCUUAUCCAACCCGCCGCUCAUCGGUGGCAUGGAAUUAGAUUUACCGAAGCUGUACCAUACUGUACAGGAGCUUGGCGGACUCAAGGAAGUGAUAGAACUGGACAAGUGGUGUCGUGUCGCCGACCUGAUGAAGAUUCCGAAGAGUGCUCAAGACCGUGUCACCAAACUUGAUGACAUUUACUGCAAAUAUCUAUUGCCGUAUGACACACUCUCUCACGACGAACGACAAAAAUUAAUCGCAGAAGUGGACAAAGAGUGGAAACAGAUCUGCAAGAAAGGCGACACUGAUGAUGAGUUGUAUGAAGAUGUCAACGAUUGUAUAGCAAAAGGUCGAAGUAUCGCUUUGAGCGCUUAUUACCGGGUAGCGCGCAACACUGUUGCCAUGUGGUUCAAGGAACAGCAGCAACAACAACAACCGUCAGGCGGCCACUCAUUAUCGACGUCAACUGUGGCAGCGGUUCGGGCCGAAGAUGUCGAGUCGCUCUACUGGAAAAACGUGCAGGACAGGAAAAACCACAUAUGUGUAUUGUCCGGUUCGAUCGAUUCGGGUGCUGAGGGCUAUGGAUUCCCGACAACCAAGACGGCCACGUUUACCAAACACCCGUGGAACCUAAAGGUGCUCACUAACAACCCGGAGUCUGUGCUCAAGUCGCUAGGCCCGGUGAUGGGCAUGACUGUGCCCACCAUACACAUGGGUAUGGUGUUCUCGGCAUGUUGCUGGUACAAAGAUCCACAUGGGUUGCCAUGGAUCGAGUACCUGCAUACCGGCGCCGAAAAGGUAUGGUACGGCGUGCCAUCCAGCCAGAGCGACCUUUUCCGGGCGGCCAUGAAGCGCCUGCUUCCCCGGGCCGUGGCUGAAGGUCAGAAUCAUCACACAUGGCUGGCCGCGGACAGCGGCAUGGUGCCCCCCAGCCGGUUACUUGAUCACGGCGUCACGCUCACCCGGACCGUGCAAAAACCAGGCCAGUUCCUCAUUGUCAUGCCACGUGCUUACACGUGUAAUGUAUCCACUGGUUAUGUUAUAUCCGAGAGUGUGUACUUCACACAGCCCGGUUGGCUUGACAGCGCCGAGAAGACUUUCCAGGACUUGCAAAAGAAUUGUGAACCCGCUGCCUUUUCGUUUGAAAAGCUUCUUAUAAACAUGUCCACGGAUUCGCGUACACCUCAAAAAAUAUUGAAACAACUUCUAAACAUGUUGAGCAACAUGAGAGACUGUGAAGUAGCGCUUCGGAGUCAGCUGGUGGAGGAUUUGGGCCUAAAAACGUCUGAACGUAUUCGGCCCACAACGUCCAAAUCAAAUGAGCAUAAUGAUGACUAUGAGUGUGACGUGUGCCAUUCAAUUCUUUACAUAUCAAUGGUGAACAACUCGCAUGAAGACUGUGACUAUUGUCUGAGACAUGGCAUUGAGAUUUUAUCAAAAAAACACAAUCAACUCAAGUAUUGCAAGUUUUUGUACACUUUUGACGAGACUGAUUUGGAUAUGAUAUUAAUAAAACUUCGUGAAAGGAUUGAUUCGAAAAAAAAGAAGACAUCUACCAGAAGUUGAUGAUAAUUCCUGGAUUAGAUACAUAUACUUUUGUAUAUUUAAAUAACAAAAAAUUAAUUUUUUUAACUACAAACAUUAAUUGAAUAAAACUAAAAAAAUCUCAUAGGUCUUUUUCUAAAGACAUUAUAUCAAGUUAUAUUGCCGUUGAGUGUGUUCGAUCAUAUUAUAUUAUUAUACUCUUCCUAGAGAGUAAAUUUCAAGACUUAAUUUUUAUUUUUUUUUAUUUUCUCAUUUGUUCCAACAUUUUGUGAUUUAAUUUUUUUUAUUAUUAUUAUUUAUUAUUACAAUAUUAUUUUAAUUUUUUACAUUUGUACAAAAAUUGUGUUCAUGUGGUCUCAGAAAUUUGUUAAUUAUCCGUUUAGCAAAUUUUUGUACUUAAUAGAUUUAAUAAUAGUAUUUUAUCAAACUUACGUGUUUGCGUGCUCGAAUAGUUUUAUUUGUGUACAAUUCAUUAUGUUGCAAAACGAAAUGUUGACUGGUUACUCUUAAAAAUCAAUGAUGUCUGAAGAGUCUAGUAAAAAAACAAAAAAAUAAUAAUAAAUGCGAUUAGUAUUAUUGAAAAUAUAA